AUGGCCUUUUGUCCACAUGUUUCUACUGUAAACUUACAACCUCCUUCAGCAUCAACUCAAGUUCAUAAAGAGGAAUGUACACUAUGUUUUGAUUCUCAGGAUCUAUCUCCUGGAAUUGAUGUUUGUUUAACAUGUUUUAAUGCUAGUUGUCCUGGCCCUGAGCGUAAUCAUUCUCAAAUUCAUUAUCAAAAAACGAAUCACCCACUUGUUUUAAAUAUUCGUCGUUUGAUCAAAGAUAAACCAAAAAGACCUGAUGAAAAUGAAGAACCUCCUCAAAAAAUAAGUAAACUUGCAAUUGUACCCGAAUCUGAAGAAGAGAAAUAUGAAUUUUUGACAAAAGUUAAAUGUCAUACUUGUGACGGAGUGGAAGUUGAUAAAACAUUAGAUAAUCUUCCAUUUGUGAUUGAUUCCAUUAUGCUUUCAAUUUCAGCCAAUAGACAAUCAGAAAUCAAAGCUUGGGAAGAAGAAAUCACUGCAUGCGAGCAUACACAAAAUUUAGUACAAGAGCCUCCAAAAGCUUUAGAAUCACAAAAUUUUGCACAUUGUAAAGAUUGUGAUUUAAAGGAAAAUUUAUGGUUAUGUCUUGUUUGUGGCAAUAUUGGUUGUGGUCGUCAGCAAUAUGGUGGAAUCUCUGGAAAUGGUCAUGGAUUAGCUCAUUUUGAAAGUACAAAUCAUCAAAUAUCUUGUAAAUUAGGAACAAUUACUCCCGAAGGAACUGCUGAUAUUUAUUGUUAUGUCUGUAAUGACAUGAAACUUGAUAAUGAGGUAGUCAAACAUUUAGCAAAUUUUGGAAUAAAUAUUGAAUCACAACAAAAAACCGAAAAAAGUAUUACUGAGCUUCAACUUGAACAAAAUCUGAAAUUUGAUUUCAGUAUGGUAACUGAAGAUGGUAAAGAGCUUGAACCAUUAUCUGGUCCUGGCUACACUGGAAUCAAAAAUCUUGGAAAUAGUUGUUACAUGGCUUCAGUUCUACAAUCUGUAUUUUCCUUGGCAAAUUUCCAAGAAAGAUAUUUUCCAACUGCGUACGAGCACUAUUUACAAUGCACGCAAGAGCCAGCCAAUUGUAUACAAUGUCAGUUAUCAAAGAUUGCUGAUGGUUUAUUAAGUGGCCGUUAUUCUAAUUCUAAUGAAAAAUUGGGCUCAGAGGAUGAUAAACGAGAAGAUAAUGGAAUUAAGCCUGCAAUGUUUAAAACUCUUAUUGGAAAAGGUCAUGAAGAAUUCUCUACAAUGAGACAGCAGGAUGCAUUUGAAUUUCUUCAAUAUUUAAUCACUACAAUAGAAAGAAAGGAACACAAUAAUCCUAAGAAUGAUCCUACUCGAUCUUUCAAAUUUAGUAUUCAACAGCGUUUACAAUGUUUGGAAUGUAAAGGAGUACGGUACAAAAAUAAUACCGAGUCAUAUAUAUCAGUACCAGUUCCUGCAAAAAGAAUUGCUGGAAUUGAGGAGAAUGCAGAAGAUCGAUAUGAACCAGUGACGAUUGAAGAAUGUUUAGACUCGUAUACUGCAGAUUCUAUUAUUGAAUAUUUUUGUCCUGCUUGUAACAAAAAAGCUUCAGCAAUAACUAAUACAAAAUUCUUGAGUUUUCCCGAAAUACUCAUAAUUCAUGCUCGUAGAUUUGAACUGGUGAAUUGGGUUCCUCGAAAAAUAAGUGUCCCAAUACUCUUUAAAAAAGAUACCUUGACAUUUGAUAAAUAUUUAGCUAAAGGUAGACAAGAAAAUGAAACUUUACUUCCAGAAGAAAGUUCAACUGGUAAUCAAGAACCAUCUAUAAAUGAAUCGGAUCUUAAUCAGUUGCUUUUAAUGGGAUUUCCUGAAAUUCGGUGUAAGAAAGCCUUGAUUGUAACUGGUAAUAACGGAGCUGAUGUAGCAAUGAAUUGGUUGUUUGAACACAUGGAUGAUCCAGAUAUUGAUAUUCCAAUGACUAUAAAUAAUAAUAGUGGAAAACGUGCUGUUGAAUGGUUGUUUAGUCAUAAUGAUGAUGAUGAUAUUUCAACAGAAAAUUCAACUAUGCAACAAAGUCCCAAUUCUAAUGAUACAUAUGGAGAUUCAAGUUUACCAGCAACAUAUAAACUUCAUAGUGUCAUUUCACAUAAAGGAACCUCAGUACAUUGUGGACAUUACGUAGCACAUGUACGAAAGUCUGAUCAAUGGGUCUUAUUUAAUGACAACAAAGUAGUUGCUGCACCUAAUCCUCCUAUUGAAGAUUCUUAUAUUUAUGUAUUAGAAAGGAUUCUCGUUAUUGAUUAA